AUGACGCAAAAGCUCAGAAUGCGACAAGCAGAGGCUCUGCAGGAGCUGCGAGCUCGCAUUUUACGAGUAAGUAUCACUACUUUACAAUUUAGUAUUAACGUUUUUUUAAGAUUUGAUUUUUCAUGCCGAUUAAGGUGGUCAUUUAUCGUUUUUAGCACACAAAUUACUCCAAGUUCCAUCAGGCAGAUAUUCGAAGGGCCGAGACUUGUGAUUGGUGGCUAUUGUCGUUCCUACAGUCCAGGAAUUAUGACCUCGAUGUGGCAUCGGCUGUAUUUUUUGAAAGUCUCAAGUGGAGACAGGGGUUUGGAGUUCAUUGUAAGGCUUGAAUUAUUCUGAUUUGUUAGCUAAGAAGCUCUAAUUUUUUAGCAAAAAUGUUCUAAAUUUUUUUAGCAAUUGGACUUUUGGAGCUGAAAACAGCGUUGGAGAAUAAUUUUGUGUAUUUUCAUGGGAACGAUAACGAUGGAAAUCGACUGUGUAGGUUGUCUUGAUUUUCAUAUCAUAUCGAUAUACAGUGGAAUCUCUGUACAACGAACCCUACCCUUAUCGUACGAUUUUUAAGUCCUUUAUAACAAUUUCGGUUAAAAUGAACCUCCAUACAACGAAACCUUCCUAUAACGUAUCAGUGUUUAGCUCUACGAUUCUCUAGGUUACACAGCAGUUUUAAUUACGUUUUGAAAUUUAGUAUGGAUAAACUUCGAUAAGAACGACGGAAACGACAAGCUGAACCAACGUCUCUUGGUAUUUUGGCUAGAACGGCAUUGCGUGGACACAGAGAAUCAACCAAUCUCAAUAUUUAUGAACUUUAGCACAGCUACGGCCCAGACUAUGGUACUUUUCUUACUCCUUUGCUUUUUGCGACUGUCCAAAAAUGAUGACUAUUACAAAAAUUGUUUUACUUUUACAGGACCUAAAUUUUAUCAAAUUUGUAUUCCACUGCAUUCGUUAUUAUUUUCCUGGAUGUUGCCGCCGCAUAUAUGCUCAUGAUGUUCCGUUGCGGUUGUGUGCGAACUGGAGAGUAAUCAAGCAGUAUAUUGAGGCUGUUGACAGCGAGAUGGCCGGAAACACGGUUCAGACUGCUGGACGAACGGUUGGGACGUAUAUCCCGCUGCGAUAUAUUCCCAAGUUUAUGGGAGGACAUGUAAGUCAUAGCUGCAAAAAACCAACUUUACGUUUUCCCCACAGGACGAGUUCCGCUUUACUAUGAGCGAUUUGGCUAGAUCCACGGGAUCUCCGAUGGUGCGGGCGCGCAGAUUUGGCCAUAAUUUGUCCAACUCUCUGGAUAGUGUUGAUGACGAAUCGGUUAGCGACGAAAGCCCGCUAAACUCCUUGAUUGAGGAGGUGGAGACUCGAAGGUCAAACGGUAAACGAGAAGCGGUUACGCCAAGAGAUGAAAACAACGAGAAAAAAAGAGUAAGAAGUUGAUUUCAAUCACCGGAAAACGUUGAAACGUUCAUUUUUAGCUAGUCAAAUUCGAGGCCGAUUACAGCCAGAACACAACAAAAGCCGACGACACUUCCAUUUUAUCCACAAACAUCGACUGGCAACAUCGUAAAUUCAUGGCUGUGGCGCCAAAAAGAUCGAUUACAAUAUCCUAUGAUCCUGAAGAUCCGGACGGAGGAGCGGUGAAUCUGAUCUUGCAGAGCAUGUCCGCAUGGUAUGUCUACUUCACGGUCGGAGCAAACUCUCGGCGACAUUUGAAGAUUGAACCCGAAAAGGGAACUCUAGAACCAAACGAACGGACUACAGUCACCGUAAGAGCUCUAGGUAGGUAUUAAUUCCACAACAAUGAUUCGAUUUAUAGCCCCGAUUCACAACCCACGGAAAUACAAAAUCGAGAUUCUUGCGGCUCGUUAUCGUUCCCCUCCCGAUCUAGCAGGUUCUUCCAGCGAGCCAGACAUUUAUUCUGAAGCGCCGGAAGAUCGGGUGAAAUUUCAUUACGAUUGCUACGCGAGAGCCGACCGAAAACCGCGAAGCAGGUAUCCAGAUUGCUAUUCCAUCGAAGAGAGUGCCGAAAAUGGAGUUCAUGAGCAUUUUCCGAGUAUGGACACAACGUCACAUGAUUUACCAUCAUUACAACCGAUGGAAACCUCUUUCUCCAUCCGUAUCCCAAGUUUCCCAUUCGACGAUCCGAAGUUCUGGUCGUAUUUUUUAAUUCUAGACGCUUGUUUAGCGUAUAUUGUGUAUUUUUUGUAUACGGCAACAUGA